AUUCGUCCUUGAUUCGUUAUCAAAAAUUAUGUCUGAGAGUAGAUUGACAAAAAAUCAACUCUUAGUAAAAAUCGAUCAAUUAACAGCAUCUCUCGAAGAACAGAAACGAGAGAAUAAUGUUAUGAAAGAAAAUCAUAAUAAACAAGUUAAUCUUUAUGAACAAUUAAUCAAUGUAAAAACAAAUGAAAAUGAAAAUUUGAUGUCUAUGAUUAAGAAACAUGAAAAAGAAAUUGAACGAAUUGAAAGUACAACUAAAAAACAUGAGUAUGAAUAUGGAGAAAGAUUAAAAGAAAAAGAUAAGAUCUAUAAACGUGAAAAAGAAGAAAGAGAAAAAGCUUACAAGCGUGAAACAGAACUUAUGCAACAAACUAUCAAUCAUUUAGAACAAAUUAUCAGUGAUUUACAAUCACGUAUUAAUAAUAAUGAAAAUGUUUCUACUCCAGAAUUAUUUUAA